CGUUAAUUAAUUAUUUAUCACAGGGUUUAAUUGCUUUUCAGGUGUUUAUACGUAAUAAAUAAUGAGUAACGAAAUCUCUAGACGAUUUGAAGGCCCGCCUCAACCGAGAAGCGCGGCAUUUUUAAUGCAAUGUGAACGUAUCAGAAAAGACGAAGAAACUGCUGAUCAAGCUUUCCAAAUACGAUUAGAUAAGCAGGUUAAUGAAAGAGCUUUAUGGAAUGAACAAUUAGAAGAAAAAUGUCAAUAUAAAAGAUUAAGACAAAAUAUGAAAUUUAUAGAGGGGGAAUUAACAAUGGCUAAGAAAGCAUCAAUAGAGAUUAGAAGAGUAGCUCUAAAACAACAAAUAGAUCAAGAUAAAGAUUUAUAUGAUAAGGAACUUUUGUCUCAAGGAAAAACUUUCUAUAAGCAAAGAAUCUAAGAGUGUCAGAAACUGUUUGGAAGAAAAGAAUGUAAAAGACAGUUAAUUGGAAAUACUAUGGUAAAGAUUUGGAAACACUAUGGAAAGAUUUGGAAAUAUCACAGAAAAACUAGGAAACAAUCCAGCAAUGUUCAAUAAUUAAUAAAUUUAAUGUGUUUAAGAAUUGAACUUUAAGCAAUUCUUUGCUUGGUAGAUUUAGAAUGGCAAUGGGGAACUUAAUAUUUUUCAAUUGCUUAUUCAAUUACAUGUAUAAACAAAGUAAAUAAUCUCAUAAAUGUUGGCACAGAAAAUAGUAGAACGCAAGACAUUUGUAUCCAUAUGGAUUUCUAAUGAUUUGUACUUAUUCAAACACAAAAGCUUUUGUCAGCUGCUUAUUUCAUGUAAGUCUUUCAUAAGACUUAAUAAUAUAUGCAAGUUUAAUUAUAACCAUUCAGCAUUAUUCCUUCAGAUUUUAAUUAUUUUGAUAUUAUUUUAUGUGAUAAUGUUAUAUAUGUGAUACUAUUAUAAAAUUGAUGUUGAAUUUCAUCUACUUUGUCCUUAUUUUCAUUAAUAUCUCUGCUGAAGAUUUAUCAAGAAAUAAAAUGGAUUUUUUUGAAUU